GACACUAAUUAUCGAAGUCGUGGCACUUGUUUCAAAAUGUUGGACCUUUGAAAUUUCUUGAAAUAUUUGUUGUUUUUCGCGAGAAAUGAAUUCAUUUAGUCGAUUUCCACCCUACGUCAUCGCAGCUGCAGUAGUCUUCAUGAUAACAUUUUAUCACAUUUUUAACCUUCGCAGUAAAAAUUACAAUCUUGAAAGGGGUUCGACUAUAUUGAAGGAAGCGUUGAAAGUCAGCAAAGAGAAGAACAAGGUGCUUGUCAAAGAUGCUUUGGAAAAACUCGAAAAGAAAGAUAUCCGCAUCAAACAGUUGGAAGAGGAGAACUAUCUGAAACAUACAAAAUUGGGGGAAAAGCAAACGAAACUGGCAGAAAUGAGAUCUGAGCUGGAAGGAAAAAACACCGAUAUUAAAAAGCUUCAUAAGUUGGCUGAUGAGCAUAAAUCAGAAAUUAUAGCACUCAGUGAAUCUGUAUCCAAUUCCAAAGAUACGCUGACUAAACUAUCAGUAAAAGCUGACCACUUGAUGGUGGACCAUAAGAAAUUGAAAAAGGAGAAUACAAAGCUUACGGAGGAAAAUGAGAAACUUCAAGAUGAUCUAGAGAAGGAACAAUCUAAAAGAGCAUCUCUUGAUGAUGACUCGAAGAGAUUGAAGAAAGAGAACAACAUUCUUCGUACAAAAGUUGGUGAUUUGACUAGGAAAAAUGAAGUUAUCCAAGAAAGCAUAAAACAGAAAAUCAAAGAAAGUUAUGCUGCCCGCAGGGUGAUGACUCAUCAACCACACGGACAAGAAACUGAAGAACAACCCACACAUAAAGUAUCUGAAGAUUUAACACAUUUACGUAACAAAUUUCGUCAUCGUACUGAUUCCAAGAGGCCAAAAGUUGCAAAGAAGAGUCACAAAGAUUCCGAACAACCAACAACUUCAAGCAGUUUAGAUCAAGAGAUAACCACAUCUGCCUUGGACAAAAACCAGAGUGCAUCAGAAAUCAUGCCUAAUAGGAAUGUUUCGAGAGUUUUAGUAGAGAAUUUAAAUGAUAGAAAUAUCUCAAAAGUAAAGAAGUAUUCUGACAGUGUGACUGUAGCAAGAGUCAUGGUAGAUAAUGCUGAAAACCUGAACAAAACAGAUAGUGCAUCGGAAAUCAUGCGUAAUGGGAAUGUCUCAAGAGUUUUAGUAGAAAGUUCAAAUGAUAGAAAUAUCUCAAAAGUAGAGAAUUAUUCUCACAAUGUGACUGUAGCAAGAGGCAUGGUAGAUAAUGCUGAAAACCUAAACAAAACAGAUACAAUUUCUACAAGAAAGAGCAGCUUUAUUGGGAAAUCUCGAGAUGGUUCUAACAUUGAUUUAACCAAUGAGCAUUUUGCUCAAAACAAACCCAUCGAAAACGUUCAACAAGGAGCAAAUGAAGAGGAAAACUUUGAAGAUGGAGGCAAGAACAGACAAAUUAGAAGUGAAGAAAAGGAGGGAGAAACUAAUGCUGAUAGAGAUGGUGUGUUAGAAAAUGAAAAUCCAAAGAGAGAAAGCCCAAAUACAGACAAGGAGGAAAAGUUUGAAGGGCAAACAGAAGGUGAGGACAUGAACAAAGGGAAGGAAGGAAGACUGGAAGAAAGUCGAGUCAAGGAUGAAAUGAUUGAAGGAAAAAGAGAAAUUGAAAAGAUGAAAAGGGAAAAUGAAGGAGGAGUGAAAGAAGGUAAUUCUGACAUGGGAAAUGGAAGGUAUGCUCUACCAGUAUUUCCUGAAAUUGAUGAUAAAUUAACUAUGAACAUAAAAACUUUGCAGUCACCUAAAGUGUAUGGUGAACAUUUAGAUGAUGAUACUAAACAAAACACUGUCAUUACUACUAGUAAAACUGACUCUUGAUUAGGGGGGGGGGGUUGCUAAGGGGAAAAGCAGGGGGGGUUAGAAAAACCAAAUUAGUUGACCAAUCACAUAUAGAUUAAACAUAGUUCAAGUGUUAAUUUAUUUAAAGUAUUAGUGGGUCGCACCAUGGUUUUGUAAUUUAGUGCACAAAUGUUUAUGACUCAAUUUAAAACGACAAUUUGUACCAACAUACA